GCUGAAUCGCUGCAUACCAUUGUCGUCGAAUGCGUUUAUCGCGAAUAGAAGGCUACGUUAAAAGCGUAGACACUGUGGUGAAUAACUUGUUCAACUUCUUUCUAAUAAAGGCAAUACUAGUGUGGGGCUUGUUACAACAUUAAAUUCAUUAUAUAAUUUCGUAAAAGAUAAUUGAGAUUAUUGGGAUGAAAUCAUUUUAUUGUGUGCUUGUGCCAGGCUUAGAUCGUUGAAAAAUUGCAAUUUACUAACGCGUAAUUAAUCCUGAUUUCGAUGUAACGGUGCGCGUUUCCGGUUAUUACGAAUGAACGCGGCUAAUUAUUCAAGUUACGAGGGUAAGUUUAAUGAUGGCUAGCGAUUUGUCGAGCGAAUGUACCGAGGCGACCGGUGCUUUGGACGAGAAAGAGGAAGGUGAGAUAUCCUUGGAAGAUGUCAGUUCUUCCGAGGAAGGACACGCGAACUACGGAUAUGGAUCGAGGGCUCAAUGUUCCAACUGUCUGUCGAGCCAACACAUUACAGCGUGGUGCACUAUUCCUGCCAAAUCAUAUCCUUACAAGGGACCUAGGAGAGUAGAAAUUGACCUCAUUCUACAAGAAGCAAUCCAGGGAAAAGAAAAUCGUCAUCAGAUCAAAGAGUCAGGAUCUAUUGGAGCAAAGCAUGUGGCAUCGACGCUUCAAGAAAAGAAUGAUGAUCUUGUGUCUAUUUCAAGUGAUAGCGAUAUGGAAAUCGUUGGUCUUAUGGAUAAUUCAAAACAGAUCACGUUGCAUGGUCCCAAAAGUAGAGGAAAGAAAAAGAAAAAAAAUAAAAGGAAUCACGCAAUUAUGUUGACGGUUGACGAUUUAGUUAGUACAUCCCCGGUGAACGUGCCAGCAGGAGAUGCCCCAGUAAAACAUGCUGCUAUAAAAACUACUUCGAGAUCGCGUCGCCGAGAAGUGAGUCCUGUCCAUAGAAACAGUGAAUCAAGAAUAUCUGUAAGAACACCGCCUAGAAGACGUAGAUCCCUUGUACGAGCAAGAUCACCUUUUAGAAGAUCGAAAUCACCAACUGUCCGUGUUAGAUCACCGGUACCGCGGAGAUCUCCGAGAAGACUGAAAUCUCCUAAAAGAUCACCUUAUAGAUCUUCGAUAAAAACAGUGGCUAGAAAAACGUCACACACUAAUUCGGUGUCAUCUCAUAAUUACAUCGAAACACAGAAAUUAUUGAAGAAAGUUAGACAUUUGGAAUCAAUUGGAACUCAAUCGUUGGAGGAAACUUUAAACAAAAACAAAGAACAUGCAUCUUCCUUAAAAGAAAAGUUAUCAAACAUGAUGAAAGGAGUAACUGAUAAUAACAAUGGUUUUACAAGUUCCUCAAAAGAAAAAUCUACUGACAGAAACGAGUUUAAUGAUGCAGACGAUGAAGAAGACUUAGCAUUGUUAAGACAGAAGGCUCUUGAAACGAAACAAAAUAAAUCAAGCAAACAGAAUGGCCAGUCGAAGGGUGAGAUGGCGAAGAGUACAAAUGUAAAUGAUAAUCAGGAUGAAGAAGAUUUACUGUUGAGAGCGAUUGCUCUUCGUUCUGCCGUGUUGAAGAAGCAUCAGAAAAGGAUUCAAAAAGGCAAAAUAUUAGGAAAGUACAAGAAACCUAAUGGUUCUCGCAGUGGGAGUCCGUUUACUCAGAGCUUUUUGGACAGUAUACCUAUACCUGGAGAAGACCUGUUAAACUUUGCAUCGCUAUCUCAGACUCCAACUGUUACACAUGAAAACAAUCACACAGAAGAUAUGGACUUGGAUACAGACAUUGAAAGAGAAAAGGAGAAAUUGCCAUACUCUCCGACAGAUAAAAUAACUGCUAGUAUAUCUAUGGAUACAGAAUUAUUAGGAAUUCAACCGUCUGACGUGUCAUUUAUCAGUCUUAAUGUGACAAGUAGUAGUCCAAGUUUCAACACAUCGCCUAGCCAGGAUGAUCCGAAAAAUUAUUUGGGCAAGAUAAUUGAAAAUCGAAGUUAUCUGCCAAAUUUGGUAUAUCGCACAUCGUCUCAAAAUACAUUAUAUACAAAUGCAAGUAAUAUGCAGUAUGCACAAGCUAAUUUCACAGAAACAUCUAUGAAAGUGCAUAAUCCUCAUGCGAACAGUCAUCCGUAUGAAAGCACGUGCAAUAUAAAUAACCCUUCCAAGACUGUAGUUAUUACUUCCAGUCAAGAAAUGCCUUAUUCCCCAACCGAUACUCCUGUUUAUGAUCCUGAUUUAUCAUCAACCCUCCCUCAAAAUCUGACUACUACCUCAUUCUCAUCCUUAGAUCCUUUAGAAUCGUAUUCAUCUGUUACCCCUGAGACCAGUGCACCAUAUAAUCAUAUAUCUGUCCAACAUGUGCAAACUACGAACCAUAUAAGGAAUGCGAAUGAGUAUGACGGGCAAUUAAAUAAAGCAGGAUCCAGUCUAUCACUGAAUCCAAUUGUUGGUUUUGCUACAACUUCUGUCAUGGAAUCGAUUUUACCGGGAAAUUCAAUGAUAACAAUUGAUGAUCUUCCUGAGACCGACUUGGAUGGAGGCCCCUUAAUUGAUACUGCUAUAAACGCGAAACCUGCUGAGCACAUUCCAAAUGAUUUAUCGUGUAAUAAGGAAAAGGUACCAGAACCACUUUAUAUGAAGGGAGUACCGGAUGUAACCAAAGACACAAAUAAAAUACCAACAUUGAUUAACAGAACACUCGUUCCUGCCUCAAUUUUGAAAACAAAUAAGAACUUGCAAUUGCCUUUGCCUACGAAGAAGUACACAACACAACAAGAGCCAACGUUUAAAAAUGCUGAAAUGCUCCCAGUUUUAAUCGAUCAAGACACUGGUACAAAGACAAAUACUUCGUUUAAACCGAUUAAAUUAAUAUCCCUUCCUCAAAAGCCUCAUUCUACUUUAGUGACACCUACUGCGUUUAAUGACUCUUUACAAGAAGAUACAACUAAUGAACUACCUACAAAUAAAGUCCAUGAGAAAAUGGAAGAGCCAGUUUUGCCACAGAAUGAUAUAAGAGCAGUAAAAAAUUCAGAGAAAGUUUGUGAUAAAAGCUCAACACAGAAAAAGGGGAAAUCCGGGAAGAGAGGGUCGAAAAGAAAAAAUAGUAGUACACUGCCACCAUUUACGAAAAGACAUUCUUGUGAAAGUAGUAACAGUACCAAAACUGUGAAUGAACAGAUAAACAAACCACAUGUUAAUGUACCUGACGGAAGUACUUCUAACGAGAAGAAUAGAAUUUCAGAAACGAAUAGGGAAAAGAUACAGAAUAGUGGUGAUGAUAAGAGUAAAGAAGAUAGAAGAGAAAGUCUUGAUGAAGAUGAAGAAGCUUUAAGAGCAAUUUUAUUAGCUUCUUUACCAAAAAGAACAAAAGCUACUAAUAAUGGUUCAAUUCCAACUGUGAUCACAACAACGUCUAUUGUAUCAAAUCAAACUUCAUCAAAAGUUACAACGGUCAAUGCAACUAACAUUACAAAUGUUAAUGAUACAACACUUGUAAGAACUCCAAUCGUUAGUGUAUCUGGCUGUGAGAAUGAUAAGAACCAAUCAAACGCUGAGGAAAAAUUAAAGCAUACUGUACAAGGAAAUUUAUCUUCUGAUGGACUUAAAAUGCUAAAUUCAAUAGUCUCUGCGAGAAAGAAAUCAGUUCCUAUAACAAGGAGUCCACAGAAGAAACUUGUUAAAAGGACACCGAUUCCUGCGAGUACAAAAGUUGUAAAUAAUGCGAAGAAGUACCAGAAUACGAUGGUCCAAAGGAGGCUAAAUUUGCAGAAAGCCACGCUUUCUAACAAACAGAAGAUAGGAGAAAAUAAAAUCAUAUCUAAGGUGCAAUCGAAUGAAAACAAAUGGUCCGUGAGUACGAAGGCGGCAUGUGAUACGCAAAGGCUUGUUAUCAGUUUAGAAUCCGAUACAGAAAGUGAUUCAGAAUCAGAACGACUAAAGAAUUCGUUAGCUGCUUCCAAUUCUAACACGGUGGAGAAACGUCAAAUAUCACCGAUAAAUCCCAGGACAGACUUUGAAAAGAAUUUGGAACAAUUUUUACGCGCAGCGCGCAAGAAACAUGAAUCUAUGACUGCUGCAAAACCAACUUCGAUAACGCAAACGCCUAAAAAAAGUGCUGUGGCAACGAAAUCGGAAAACGCAAAUUCGUCCAAUGUUCAUACACCGCUGGCUGUUCGUCAUUUACCCGCAUCACAGCAAGAGGAAUAUCGACGGUUGAAGCAACAAAUCUUAGAGCGCGAGAAAUUGAAAUUAAUGUUUAUGACAAAAAAUAAAACCGCUGAGACUUCUCCGAAAUCUGUACUGCCCAAUAGUCCGACAAGAGUAAUUUCGCCAGUGGCCAAAAAUUUGAACGUAAAUGCCCAACAAUUGAACAAAGAGAAUUUUUCCAAGAACUUAGUAAACUCUAUAAAACCUACAACCGCAUCAAUUAAUAUUCAAUCGAGUAAUAACAAAACGUGUAAUGUCGAUAAACAAAAAAGUACAAAUCCAAAUCAAGUAAAUCUUAGUCCGAAUAAGGCAAACAAAGUUGUUGGAAUAGAAUCCACAAAUGAACCGCGAGACGCUUUAGAGACGUCUACACCUAUGAUUCCAAAAGUACCAUCCGGCUUAAAAAUUUUAUCUACAGACGAAGUAAAUCGAAAGUACUUGCAGAUACAAGUAAGAAGCGACGCGAAUGAACGGCAAGCAAUAGUAAACGAUAAAGUGACUUUAAAUGAUAAGACGAUGUCUCAGAAUGAAAAUAGGGAUCAUAAUCCGGAAAAAAUGAAUGAUCAAACACAUUCUGCAGAAAAAAAUCUGAUUCCUGAUAGUAACAUGACUGACUCAGAUGCGUCAACUAUUAUUUUACAAAGAGAAGAUGCAGAAAAAAAAGAAAGCGAUACGACAUCUGAAACUACGAUUCUGCUUUCUCAUUCGGAAACUAAAGAUGAUGAUCAUUCUGGCUUAUUAAAUAACGAUGUAUCGCCAGGAAAAGGUAGGGUGGAACGAGAUUGGGAAGGAAUCAAAGAGGAUGUUAGAUCGGAGCUACGCGCUCUUAUUAGUCUUCCUCGUACGGAACAAGAACAACGUCUGGUGGAAACGGAACAGAAGCUAGUUACGAAACGCUACACGAUCAUAGAUGAUUUAGCUGAAAUGUCGGCUACUCUUCGUCAUUGGCAAAUGGAACGGGAACUUCAGAUGGAUUUAGUCGCGGAAGUGAAGAAACUUAGAGAGCAGCUAAAAGUUGCUGAGGAAAGAUUGCAGGAACAACGUAAUCGGAUUAACAGUAUAGGACCAAAGGUAGUGACCGCUCAUGGCAAGGUGAAUGUCGGUCGGCAAGAGUGCUUCAAACUUGCGACGAUUUGUUCUACUUUGGGAAGUAGGAUUGUUGGAAAGGAAUACAAUGUACCUGAAGCUGGAACACAACUUCUAGAUAAUAAACUGAAGGAAGUAGCCAAUCAUACGCGGCAACUCUCUCGGAAAAAAGUACCGUUCAUCAACAUUCCAGAAGUGUGUAUAUCAAAAUUGGAAAAAGAGACCGUACCUAUUGAUUGUGCGGAAGUCUUUCAAGUUGGAAAUUCGGAAGACUUCACCGCUGAUAAUGAUACGAUGAUUUUUAAUGCGAACGAAUCUCUAAUGAACUCGACUGCGAUCGAAAGAGUCGAGCAAGUAGAAGGAACUUCUGCAAAUGUCGAUGAAAAUGCAAGUAAAGAAAAUGACGGAUUAAGAAAUUCAGAAUCAUCUAACAAAGAGAGAACUGCAGAAAACAGGAUCGAAGUGGAAGCUCAGGAAUCGGUAAACAAAGAAAUUGCUCAAAAUAACAAGGAAGCGUCGGAAGAUAGCGCGAUGAGGCCUACAACUUCGGAGCUUCGUAGUGAGAAGGAAAAUUCUACGAGGAACAAAGAGGAUCUUCAAACGAAGACGAUCAUGCCUUAUCAAUCGAUAUUAAUACAUUUUAAAUCACCAAGCUGUUUUGUGUUUCUUGUCAUUUUUAACCAGGAGCAUGAAUCCCAAUGGUGUUCUCUGUCCAUACGAGCUGAUGGGAACUUGCAGCGACACAGAUUGUCAAUUCGUUCAUCAAACAACGAGUCAAGCCAAGUAGCAUUUAGCUACUAAAUUGACAUUGUUAAAUUAUACGUAAGGUGGUUUUAAUCUUUAAUCGUAAAAUUGAGAAGACUAUUGCAAAAUAGAAAUCACGAUAUUGAAAGUGAUCGCAUUUUUCUACGUUCGAUAAUUAUUUCGUAACUCGAUCUUUAUAGUAAAGACACGUCUCAUUAUUACAGGAUCUAUGUUAUUGUGGAAGCAAUAUAGACGGAAGAAUGCCGUUAACAAGUAGAAGUCACACCCGAAGAUUGGUAAGUUGUCUACAUGAUGGCAGGAGUUUGUGCACAAAAUUAGUGAUUUUAUUUAUGUAAAAGCCGUAAAUUUUUUAAAUGAACACAUACCUUUUUAAUACUGUUCUAUUUCAAGCUCCUACUUUAACGAAAGUUUAAUAAUAUCCUGCAAGUGUUUAUUUUUUAAACAUGUAAAAAGUGUCGUAUAGAAGCUGUAAGUAAUCAGUGGUUUAAUAUACGAGUAAGCGAAGAGGUUGUUGACCGAUCGUAGAAGACAGCCGCGCAGCAAGCCAACGUCCGGCAUUGCAACAGAAUAUUCAUUUCGUACUUCUAUAUAAGUUACCUCAUAAAAAUAUCUUGUACCUGUAUAACUGUAUAAUAAAAAGAUUGAUAUUUUUUCUAA